AUGAGCCGAUCGAGACAUGUGGGCAAGAUAAGGAAACGGCUAGAGGAGAUCAAGAAUCAGUCAGUCAGGCCAACAAAAGCAGAUUUCAGCCACCAUGAAAGUGUAAGACUAGCUACUGAUGCCCUUUUGGACGGUGGGACUGAAUCUUAUCUACGAGCCUUAAAUGAAGAAGGAGAGGUGGAUUUUCUGUCAUCCGUGGAAGCUCAGUAUAUUAAGAAAAAUGCCAGAGAGCCUUACUAUGCUAAUGAAUCUCACACAGAGAGGGAGACAGGACCAAGGCAGAAUGAUGCUGGUUCUCUCCAGUCAGGAACGUACUUCCCUAUAUCUGAAGGCAGUGAACCAGCCCUGCAUCACACAUGGAGCACAGCAGAGAAGCCCUAUCUAAAGGAGAAAUCCAGUGCCACUGUGUAUUUCCAAACAGAGAAGAACAGCAACAUCAGAGACAUUAUACGCCGCUGCAUCAGCAAGACCAGUCAGGUUCUGGCCAUUAUGAUGGAUGUUUUCACUGAUACCGAGAUAUUCUGUGAUGUGCUAGAGGCGGCUAACAAACGAGGUGUUUUUGUCUAUCUGUUGCUUGAUCAAAGCAAUAUAAAGCUCUUCAGUGAGAUGUGUGACAAGGUGCAGAUUGCAGAGGAUCACUUCAAGAAUAUUUCAGUCCGAAGUGUUACCGGAGAGGUUUACUGUGCCAAGUCAGGCAGGAAAUUCUCAGGGCAAAUCCAGGAAAAAUUCAUCAUCUCUGAUUGGAGAUACGUUCUCUCUGGCUCAUACAGGUGA